AAGGAGUUCAAGAAAAAUCAUUUAACAUCUGCGUAUGAUAGGCUUGGUAUGCAACUAGAAGUGGAGGAUAUUGAAGAAGAGCCUGUUCAGGAUUCUAUUAAUGAGUUGUUACAAAGACAAUGCAAGCAACAACGUCACCGCCUUAAGCAAAUCUUUCUGAAUUGUCGAGAUGCAGAGGAAGCUCGAGCAAAGAAGCCUUCUGGA